UUAAUGUGUGGGGCAAAAGCCAAGAUGAAGCUUGUGUUUGUGGCCACCUUUGUUCUGCUAGCACUUUCCUACCUGGACCAGGUGGACUCAUCUGCCUAUGACAAGAUUGUGUCACAUAGCCGCAUCAGGGCCAAGAGUCAGGGGCCCAAUAUGUGUGCCCUUCAGCAGGUAAUCGGGACCAAGAAGAAGUAUUUCAGCACAUGCAGGAACUGGUACCAAAAAGCCAUUUGUGGAAAGAGAGCGAUUGUUUUAUAUGAAUGCUGUCCUGGUUAUAUGAAGCUGGAGGGGAUGCGUGGCUGCCCUGCAGCUGUUCCUAUUGACACCAUCUAUGGCACAUUGGGUCUGCUGAAACUGGACAUCACACAGCAGUAUUCUGACCUGUCCAAGCUCAGAGAGGAGCUUGAUGGAGAUGGCUCUUAUACUAUAUUUGCUCCUAGCAAUGAUGCCUGGGAACAAUUAGAUGUUACCGCUAGAAAUGCCCUUGUGAACAAUGCACAGAAAGAGUUAUACAACACUUUGCGUUACCACAUGGUCAACAAACGUUUCCUUACAAAAGAUCUGAAGAAUGACAUGACCCUGCAGUCAACGUACAACAAACAGGGACUGCACAUCAACCACUAUUCUAAUGGAGUUGUGACAGUUAACUGUGCCAGGAUCAUUCAUGCCAACCAGGUGUCCACAAAUGGAGUGGUACAUGUAAUUGACCGUGUCAUCAGUGCAGUGGGAAAUAGCAUCAGGGAUGUCAUUCAAAGCAAUGAGGAACUCAGCUUACUGCAUGAAACUGCUAACGUGGAAUCAAGCUUAUUAGAGCGACUCGGCAAACCUGGACACUAUACUCUCUUUGCUCCAACCAAUAAGGCCUUUGAACAGUUGGACAGUGGCUUCCUUGAACGGCUCAAAAAUGACAAGACUGCGCUUCAAGCCUUCCUAAAGUAUCACCUUCUGAGCUCAGUCCAGUGUUCAGAAGCUAUCAUGGCUGGCACUGCAUACGAAACAGUGGAGGGCAGUGUAAUUGAGAUUGGCUGCGAUGGUGACAGCCUCACCAUCAAUGGCAUUAAAAUGGUACUGAAGAAGGACAUCAUCACCAGCAAUGGAGUUAUUCACCUGAUUGACCAAGUGCUCAUUCCUGACUCAGCUAAGCAGGUGAUGGAACUGGUAGGUGAUUCUCAGAGAACGUUCGGGGACAUGGUGUCUGAGAUGGGCCUGUCUGCAGCCAUGAAGCCUGAGACGGAGUACACACUCCUCGCCCCUCUCAAUAGUGUCUUCACCAAUGAAAUAAUGGCUUUGGACAGGCAUCUGCUCAAGAUCAUUCUUGAAAACCACAUCCUGAAGCUCAGGAUCACCGUGAAUGACCUGUACAAUGGUCAGCUGCUGGAGACUCUCGGAGGGAAGCUGCUAAGAGUCUUUGUUUACCGCACGGCUGUGUGUAUUGAGAAUGCCUGCAUGAUCCGAGGCAGUAAACAGGGAAGCAAUGGUGCUCUUCAUUUAAUGCGAUCAUUAAUCCGAGUGCCAGAGAAGACCAUGUUUGAGUUGCUGAGGGCUGAUGGCCGUUUCACAAUAUUCCUGAAGUUGAUGGAGAAAGCAGAACUGACUGAGAUGCUAAAGCAAGAGGGAUCAUACACAAUGUUUGCCCCUACUGAUGAAGCCUUCAAGGAGAUGUCAGAGGAUGACAUGAAACUUCUCACCAGUGACUUGAACAUUUUGAGGACAAUCCUGCUCUAUCAUUUCAGCAAUGGCACCUUCAUUAAUGGAGGACUGGAAGGUGGAGUGACCAACCUGCUCAGGACCAUUCAGGGCAACAACCUGCAAGUGCUUUCUGUCAAUAACUCCAUUAAUGUGAACUCAGUGAAUGUGAACGAUAAUGACCUCAUGGCCUCCAAUGGAGUCAUUCAUGUGGUGAAGAACUUGCUCUAUCCUGCAGAUCUACCAGUGGGCCGUGAGGAUGUGUUUUAUCUGCUGAGGAGACUCAUUAAGUACAUACAGAUAAAGUUUGUUCAUGGAUACACCUACAGAGAGAUUCCACUCACCUUCAUUAAGAGAUUUAUCACCACUCACGUUAUUGAAACAGGCCCUGUCACACGAGUAAUUGAAACUGGCCCAAAAGUGGACACAAUGGUUGUGAAGGGAGAUAAUGUGAUCACUGAAUACAAGGUCAUUGAGACCAAGCCUGUGGUGAAGGAAGUGGUAAUUGAGCGAGAACCAAAAAUCACCACGGUUAGAAGAGUCAUUGAAGGGGAUCCAUCACUUACAACAGUUACAAGGAUCAUUGGAACUGGUGGGGAACUUGAUACUGAAGGCGAGAUCAAGAAGAUUCUUAGUGAAGACCUGUCCAAGGUAAAGAAGGUUCUGGAAAGUGAGCUACAUGUGCAGGAGGAGGAGAUCACAAAACUGAUCAAGGGAGGUGGUGGAGAAAUCACCACGGUCACCAAAGUGAUUCGGCCAGAUCUUCAUGUUAUUGAAGGACCAGACUUCUCAAGAAUGAAGUCAAAGCUCAUUGAGGAGGAAACUGAGAGAAUCACCAAAAUUAUCAAAAAAGGUAGCUCUCAGAAAAGAGCAGCUGUCCGAAGACCACCAGCAGGACUGAAGAGACGAGCAAGACCUGCAAGAUAUCCCUCCAAGCCCAGUCAGUGAGCCCAAAAAGACACCAGGCAAUCUACUUAUUCCAACCUCUUAAAAUAAGGCCACAGAUAUGAUAUUUGAAUUUGCAUUUUUGGCUGACGCAUUUAUUUCA